AUGUCUCUUCCCAACACAUUCAUACAGCUCACUUCGAGUCAACAGAUCUUACUUCAAAAACAACAAGAACAUGCCGGUUUACAAGCUCUAAGGGAAGCUUCGGCGAAUCUCUUGUCGAGGGUGGACAAGUUGGCCGAGAUGAGCAACACCAUGGCUGAUGGUGGAGAGGCGGUCGGUGCUGUUUUGCGUAAUUGGCCUCAUGUAUUCUCCAUCCUCAAUCUUUUCGAUAAACCUCCCGCUGGAAGUACAUCAUUGUCCACUGUUAACGUUCAAGAAGAAGAUGAAGAACCAUUACCACAACUUGUCCGAUUACCAUAUGGAGGAGAGACCAAAACUUCUCAAUAG